CUCGGAUCCAAGAUGGCGGCCGUUCGGCAGGAGGUGAUCCCGGGAAAAGGCCCCGGAGUCACUAACGCGGGACUCGCAGGUCGUCAAUCGAGGUUCGAAGGGUUUAUGAUGACAUUUCUAAAUCUUAUCACAAAAUACUAAACACGAACCAAACAUCAAGCCAAGAUCUUGUAGAAUCAUUCAAUCCAUCAGGACCUGAAUAUCGUCGGCUUUUGAACAUGGAAGGAGAACUAUUUGUCUUCUCUGUGGGAGUGUUUCAAACAUCAGUAUGACUGGAAAAGCGACAAGACUUGCACACUCAAGUGAGAGUGUUUCAGUGCACUGAUUACAGAAAUAGCUUUAACCAGUUACCCAGCCUGAAACAUAUAUCACACCAUUCACAGCGAAGAGACGUAUCACGUGUGUGUGGACGAGGAGUCAACUGAUCACCCAGCAUUGAGAGACAGAAGGGUAUCCAUGUCAUGGAGAAACCAUGGAAAUGUGGGGACUGUGGUAAGGGAUUCAGAACGCCAUCUGAGCUGGAAAUUCAUCGGCGCAGUCACACUGGAGAAAAACCAUUCACCUGCUUCGAGUGUGGGAAGGGAUUCUCACGUCUAUCUCAACUCACUGAACACCAGCGAGUUCACACUGGGGAGAAGCCAUUCACCUGCGCAGGUUGUGGGAAGGGAUUCACUUGUUUAAGUAACCUCACUUCACAUCAAUUUGUUCACACUGAUACGAGGCUUUAUAAAUGUUCUGACUGUGAGAAGAGCUUCAAAAGCACAAGGGAUCUACUGAGACACCAGUAUGUCCACUCAAGUCAGAGGCCAUUCUCCUGUUCUGUCUGUGGGAAGGGGUUCACUCGGUCAUCCAGCCUGCUGAGACACCAGCGAGUUCACACUGAGGAGCGGCCAUUUCCUUGCAUGAAGUGUGGGAAAAGGUUCACCCGGUCCUGUACUCUGCACAGACACCAACAAAUUCACACAGUGGAGAACCCAUUCAUCUGCCCAGAGUGUGGGAAGGGGUUCACUCAGUUGUUCCAACUGCUGCGACACCAGCGAAUUCACACAGCCGAGAGGCCGUUUGUCUGUUUGGAAUGUGGGAAGGGAUUCAUUCAGUCGUUUGAGCUGCUAAGACACCGACGAAGUCACACUGGGGAGAGGCCAUUUAUCUGCUCUCAGUGUGGGAAGGGGUUCACUCAGUCCUCCCAUCUGCUGAGACACCAGCAAGUUCAUGAGAGGGAGGCAUCAGAUGAGGAAGUGGAACCGAGCUGGCCAGUGGGCACAGCUGAACGACUUCUCCUCCGUGUGGGUGCGCCGGUGCGACAUCAGGUUGGCCGACUGAGCGAAGCGUUUCCCGCACUCGGGGCAGGUGAACGGCCUCUCGCCGGUGUGGACCCGCCAGUGCUUCAGCAGGUGCGACGACACGGAGGGGCAGCGGAAGGGCCUCUCCUCCGUGUGGGUCCGCUGGUGCGACAUCAGGCAGGCCGACUGAGUGAACGCCUUCCCGCACUCCGAACAGACGAACGGCUUCUCCCCCAUGUGACUGCGGUGAUGGGUUUCCAGCAGGUGACGAUAAUUAAAUCACUUCCCGCAGUCCUCGCACUUCCACGGCCUCUCCCCAGUGUGAGUCCGACGGUGAAACUCCAGCCGAGAAGGGUAAUUGAAUCCCUUCCCACAGUCCGCACACUUCCACGGUUUCACCGUGGACCUGGUGUCUUCAUGUCUCUCCAGUUUGAAGCCUUUUGCGCGCACACUUUGAAUGUGUCCAACCCUGACAUCAUGGAGAAACCGUGGAAAUGUGGGGAGUGUGGGAAGGGAUUCAGAACCCCAUCUGAGGUCGAAAUUCAUCGUCGCAGUCACACAGGGGAGAGGCCGUUCACCUGCUCGGAGUGUGGGAAGGGCUUCGCUGAUUCAUCGCACUUGCACAGACACCAGCGCACCCACGCCCGGGCAAGUCCUUUCAUCUGCUCCAAGUGUGGGAAGGGGUUCACCCGCUCACAACACCUGGAGACACACGGACGCAUACACACCGGGGAGAGGCCGUUUAUCUGCUCUGUAUGUGGGAAGGGAUUCACUCAGUCAUGCAACCUGCUGAUACACCAGCGGCUUCACACCAGCGAGCGGCCGUUCACCUGUUCUGUGUGCAGGAAGGGAUUUGCUCAGUUAUCCCACCUGCUGAAACACCAACAAGUUCACAAGUGACCGCAGGGAAUGGAUUCUGCUGUUUGCUGUUAAUUUGAUCCAGGGAGUUCAUCAAUUUUGUUCCGAAAGGUUUGCUGCAGAUAAAGCUAACCUUGACACUGCUCGUGGAGCCUACUGCAGGAGACUCCAAUCCAAAGAAAAUUAGAAUUGGAUGUCAUCGCCUUGAGAUAAAAGGGAAACGGAUGAGUGAAUGCACUGUUCAGUGAGUGAGCAUCGUUCACAUGGACACAGUGAGGUUAUAUCACGGUGAGGAACCAGACAGAGAUUAAAGAUGUGGAGUUGAUGCUGAGGAAACUGAUAGAAGUCCUUCACUAGUUUUCAACACAGUUAAUAAAGGAAAGUAAAUAUAAAGUGGGUUAAUCUGUAAAUCACUGCCUGGGUUUGUCGCUUUCGUUAGCUGCAAAGCCGAUAAGCUUGUCCUGACUUGUGCAGGACAUUGGUGAGGCUUCUUCUGGAGUACUGCAUCCAGUUCUGGUCAUCCUGUUUAUUAAAGAUAUUAUU